GUUUGCCCUGUAGUCACUCUGAUCCGCCCUCCGGAGCAAAUACUACCCGCAGGCUGCGCUGUCAACACCAAGCAUAAGACAGCUUGCCAGCUCCCAGGCAUCAGCGUCGCUGCGAUGCUCCUUACUACGACAAAAGGCAGGAAGUUGGAUCUCUCCAAACUCACGGAUGAGGAGGCCAAGCAUGUUUGGGAAGUUGUGCAGAGAGAUUUUGACUUGAGGAAGAAGGAGGAGAACCGACUUGGGGAUUUAAAGACUCAAAUUUAAAAAGAAGACACCAAGAGGGAGUUGCUGGGCAACCAGAAUAGUCUGGUUGAGUCCCACUGUAUUCGAUGUCUCCAGCCCUUCAAGUUCCUGGUCAACAGUAAGCGCCAAUGUCUUGACUGCAAGCUCUUCGUCUGCAAGUCCUGCAGUCUGUUCAACAAAAAGGAGCUUGGCUGGGUGUGUGAUCCCUGUCGCAUGGCCAGGGUUCUCAAGAUUGGCACCCUGGAUUGGUACCACGAAAACGUCCGUGCCCGCUUUAAGCGAUUCGGCAGUGCCAAGGUGAUGCGUUCACUCUUCAAGAGGCUGAGCGGGGAACACAGCUGGUCACAGAAUGAUCUAGAAGAGCAUCAUGAAUAUGAUACAUACAGCAUACCGGAUGUCCACAACGAAGACAAGGAGCACAGUAUAGAAGCAACGGAUUCACAAAACUACAAGGGGAGGAAAAAGACCAAAAGGCGGUUAACCGUGGACCCGUUUGACUUUGAAAUGGGCUGCCACUACUUGGUCAAAUCGCGAGGACAGACAAAGCAGGCACCCGUUUCCCAAGGCAUCCUGUACAUGGAUGUAGGUGAAAGGGAGUCAACGCUCACUGAGGCCAAUGUGCCGUCUGUUUUCCAUCGGAUUCUCAAGGAGCAACGUAAAGACAACCUUGACAGCCAAACUAUUCCAUCUCGCUCCACGUCCCGGCUCAGCUGCUCCUCCUGUGGCAGUGGGAGUGCCUGGUGUCCCGAGGGAGGCAGCAGCUACCUGCCCGGCCCGGACGACUCGGAGGAGGACGACCACUGCCAGGUCUACCCUCCCUACCAGUCUCACCUGAGGCAGCGCAGCCAUACCUCCCAGGAGAGCCUGACUUCAGCCAACCCCGUACCACAGAUCACCGACCUGAACAGACGCAUGUCGGCCAUCGAGACCCUUUUGAACCACCUGGAACUGAACACCUCAACAUACCAAGAGACCAGCCAGGCUCCGACUCCAAACAGCAGCUCUCCUCCACCUCAGUGUGAGGAGGUGGACUUAGAGGAGCAGCAACUGAGACAGAGGUUGCACGAGAUGACGGACAACAUCAGUGACCACGGCCUAAGCUCUGACGAAGACGAGCCGGGUGGGCAACCCUCCUCCCAGGAGAUCCAAGCAUGGGGGAGCCAAGAGGGGCACGCCACGCCCAGCAAAAUACCGACUAGGCCCACAUCCAGAACAAGCAUUGUUCCCGGCAGACUUAAGGAGGAGCAGCCUCAGCUGACCGAGUCUCAGAAGACAAACCAUUCCUCGGACAGCCUGGAGAGGAAGUGCCCCCCCCUGGAGGACGGGUCAAAGGCAGGCUUCAAAGGCUCUACGGCCUUACUGGUCGAGCUGGAGGACAAGGUAGCUCAGGCAGCUGCCAGCGUGCAGAGCGCUCAGAGUGAGGUCUCCUACAUAGAGAACAGGAUUGCUGCCCUGAACGCUGCUGGCAUGCCUGUGGAUAAGAAAAGAAAGUCUGCAAUACCGAUCCAAGCGAGAAGACUCUCCUACAACUUUCCCACAAGCCAGGUGGACAGGUUUGUGAGAAACUCCUUCUACAGGGGCUCCCUGACACAGAGGAACCCAGUGGCUAAGGCCCAGACCAAGGCCCCCUGUGCGAAACCAGUAAUGAUGCAGGACUCAUGAGGAGGAGGCUGAGCAUCAUGUGACCGCGUUUGUUGUUUUAACAGUUCAUCAUGGACUGUAAUCAAUAGAAAUUCCUCUUCAAACAUCAGACAUUUAUAUUCAAAACUGUUUAAUUGUGAUAUUGUUUUACUGUUCAUGCUAUAUUUAAUGGAAAUACACAUGACACACGCCAAUGUUGCAAGACCUGCGACGUUAGGUGUACUUGAUGAUUUGUCUCCAUUAAUAUGCACGUUAAUGCAUUCACCCUACUUUGCAAAAGUCUUCACAUUUUCCUGUUUUAAUAUGAAAUCUUAGUUAUUAGACUAGAAAUGAAAACAUUUCUAGAUUAAUGACAUUUAAAAUAAUGCUACUUGUAGUAAAACCUUUGCAAUAACAAAUUAAAAUCAGUUUGAAAUGUAUUUUUUAUGUUUUGUUUCAUCACAGUUGCUCGGCUACUAUCACUAGAAGAAAGAUAAAUAUUUUAAUAUAAUAGGUCUGUAUCAUGUGUUUAUUUAAAUAGCAAUUUAUAUGAAUAUAAUAAAUAUAAACAUGGAUGCACGGUCCUUGUGUGUAUUGUCGCACAAUAUCAAAAUGAUAUUUAUGGUAAAUCUGAGAAGUCUAUGAUCUUUUCAAUCUAUUUUUUUAUGCCAAUGAAAGCUUUGAAGAUGUUUUUCUACCCAGUCAGUCAUUUAUAUUGAGAGAAUGGUUUGGAUUAUUUCGAGGUGCUUUGUAUAGUCAGCAGAUGCUACACUAUGGAGUAGUGGAGCGUGAAGCGAGCAAGUGCUGCCUGCUGUAGAGGGGCAAUAAGGCAAUAAGGUUAGACCACUUUACUUCUCUGGGAGACCCACACAAACUGAAGCCACUCUCUGUGCCCUGUUCAAAGCCAUCUGGCUACUCACAAAAACCACCACGUCCACUCUCAGAACUCAGGGAUUCUGGCCUACCGCUGCCUUGAUCAGUUGCUUAGUUAAUGGUACUGUGUGGCGAAGCCCAUCAGACCCUUUAAAACACUAAAGUCACACAAUAAUAAACUAAGCAAUACAUGCGGCCGUAGACCAGAAUCUCCUACCUAAAAGUACUACUUUUGUCAAUGGAAACUUGUGGAGAGAACAUCGAUAUUGGAUUCAGUGCCCAUCA